ACUAAUUUUGUUGGUUUGUUCAUCUCUGGUUCUUUCAUUAUUUUGUGAAUUUGUAAAUCUAUUAGUGGCAUAGGGAACAACCAGAGGGGAAUAGUUGGUAUAGCAACAGAAGGAGCAAUUUCAUAGUCUUUCAACUCCAAGCUGCUCACCUCCUCCCUUACUACCCAACCAAAACGUGUUAUUUCUUUAUAUUCAUAUUCCCAACAAUAUAAGUGACUAUUAUCUACAACUUCAAAGGCAAUUUUCUCAAUAUUUUGAUUAUUUGUACUCAGAUUCCAGAGAUUUAAACAGUUCUAUCUCCGGCAGUUAUUAUCAUAUCCUAACAACCUACACAUCAAUAAAAAUCUUAAUUGUUCAGCUUUCAAAAUAUGUACAAAUAUUGAUUUCGAAAAAUGUACCCAUAAGACUGGUUUUGUUGUCCAGGUUCACAUAUGUCAACCUAUUCAUAACCAUCCGUUCCAUAAUUUUGCAUAGAUUUGAUGUCAAUGCAAUCGCUCUAAAAUGAAUUGGCUGAGGGUGGUUUUCUCCAGGUUUGGCUAUUGGCACUUUGACCCCAUGCCUUGAAUCUGCUGGCUUAUUCCCUGUAUCCCACAUUUUGUUAAAAAGUCUUAAAAUCAAACUUAAUGAUAAUUCUGAUAAGUGCAUAUGUCAUCUUUCCCUGGAGAAGUAUGUUUGACCCCCACUAGCGCUCUCUUUAACUCAUACAAGGUCAAUUCUGAGUCCAACAUACUUCCUGGUGGAUUCUUCUAUACAUAUAUGUGAGGAUUCUCCCUAACUUUCUCUUCCCUAUAGUUCCUCAUAUUCUCUGAAAUCUUUUCAUUACUGUGCACCAUUAUGAAUGUUUCCACUAACAUCUCUGCUUUAUCUAUGUUUUUUAUUGCUAUUUUUCCAUUAUUUACUUAAACUGGAAUGUUGCUAUUUCGCUGAAUCCCUCCCAUCUUCCUAAUCAUAUUCAACACUUCAUUAAUUUCCAUUUCUUCCCCAAUUCUAUUACAAAAUUCUCUCCAGUAAUUUCUUUUUGCUUUUCUUACUUCUCUCCUCAGCCUGUGCUCUCUUGAAGUCAAUGUACUCAUUAAACAAUACUGAUUUUCUGGCAUUCUUCAUUGCUUUAUUUCUUUCCAUAACUGCCUCACUACACUCUUCAUUCCACCACGGACUGCUUUUCUUCUAUUUAUAAUUUUCUUUUUUCUUAUUACUUCCUGCAGUAUUCCUUAACACUUCCCUUAUUUUCUUACUUAAUUCUUCAAUGCCUUCAUUAUCAUCUACCAUUUCACACAUAUUGUUAUGACAUAAUUCUUUAAAAAGCUCCCAGUUGGCUGCAUUAAAUUUCCAUCUUGGAAUUCUCCCCACCAAUGUUUGGGUAAUGUCCACACCAAUUUACACCAUAUAGGAUAAUGAUCACUUACCAUUUUACUUUGUUUACUUACAUUCCAUUCAUAAUUUCUAGCUAGAUUUUCUGAUACUAGAGUAAUAUCUAAAGCGGAUGUACACCCCUGAGUUAUGUUUAUUCUUACCAUUGUUAAUACAUACUUACUGUCCCCAAUCUAACAUUUCUUCCACAAUCAGCCCAUUAUAAUCGGUUUUAUAACACCCCUAUAGUUUAUUAUGGGCAUUAAAAUCACCACACCAUAUUACUUUCUGAUUUGUGUUACCUCUUAUAUCUUCCAAUACUUCCUUGCUUAACUUUUCACAUGGAUUGUAAAAAUUAAUUACUUUAAUACUACGGUUCCCUUCCCAGAUUUCCAGCACUACCACCUCCUUGUCCACACUCUCAUCAACAUUCCUAUAUCCCACACCUUGUGUUAUAAAUGUAGCUAUCCCACCUCCAUUACCUUGUUUCCUGUCUUUCCGAAUUACCUCAUAUCCUUGUGCAACAAAAUUAAACUGAGGUUUGAGCCCUGUUUCUUGCACACAUAUUAUUUCAGGUUUUUUUUCUAAAUCAGAAAUGAAUUUUUUAAACUCUUGCCCAUUAGCUAUUAAGCUUCUCGCAUUCCACUGGAAUAUUAGCAGCACCGUUAUGUACCACCACAUCCCGGUUGAGUGUAUGUUGUUUGCAUCUUUAUUUCUCAUUAAUCAUAUCCACUGAAAUAUCACCGAACUUUUACCAACGACAAUGAAAACAUCAAGAUGUAAAUCACCUCGACUGCUCUGCGCAGACCGCAUGUCAAACGGCAGCAGCGUGAUCUCGUGAUACUUGGAUGUUUAACGCGAGCGGCUUAUUUAAUCGAGCAGAUUCGUUUUAAAUAAUGCACUUAUUACGCUAGAUGGCGUCUUUUACACCCUAAACUUUAUUAACAUCCACGGAUUCGUGUUCUCUGCUUGUUAAACAUUUGCCUAAUGCUUUCAGCUGUUACAAAUUGACAAAACAGUCCAAUUUAAAUUUAUUUUAUGUCUUUAGUUUAAUGGUUUAUGUUUAUAUUUAAGGAUUGCUUUGGUUUCCAUUGGUUACUAAUAUUGUCGAUGACGUCAGACAUCUACAUAAAUUUGUUGACAGCGCGAGCAAGUGCCGGAGUUACUCGUUUGUAUUCUCGAUUACUUUUACAUUUGCGCUUUACAAAAAAAGUACCAUAAAUACUUUAUUUAGUUUAGUAUUAAAGUAAGUAGGCUACUUUAGUGAACUUUCACAUCAUGGGACAAGUGAACUGUGGAUGUUUGGGCCACGAGACUUCAGAUCCGGAAUGCAAUCAAACACUGGAGCAGUGUUGGGAGCAAGAUCAGAGAGGAGCACAGCGUCAAGAUGACUCCACACCGACAAGUUCCAGACGUGACACGAAAAUGAGGAAGAUCAAGAAAAGAGCCAAAUAUUCAGAGCAACACGUGAACGUAUCUGAACACAAGAGAGAGAUGAAGAAGAUGCAGACUGACAACAAAACAAGUCCUGCGGUUCACAGAAAGUCUAGGAAGGAAUCCCGAGAUGCUUCUCCAUUGAGCAUCGAUACCUUGACACUUUCGCUAUCUCCUCCACUGAUACAAGUCGCUCCAUGGCCACCAGCUUCAGCAGCUGAGAGGGUAAAAUCCAGUCAUCCAUCAAGGCUGGAACCGCUGGUUAUACGUGUUGAUCCUCAACCCUCAACUGCAACACCUGGAAGAUCAGAGGUGAGACGUUCAAGGAGGAAACGGAGGAAGGAGGCUGAAAACAUGGAUCAUGAAGUGUCUAAACCGUUGGUGAUACGUGUUGAUUCUCAACCUGCGAAUGCAUCAACUGAGAGAUCAGAGGAGAGACUUUCAGCAAAUAAACUGAAGAAGGGGGACAAAAAAACGGAUCAUGAAGUGCCUGAACCGCUGGCAGGACGUGUUUAUCCCAAACCAUCAACUUCAUCACCCGAGAGAUCAAAGAUGAGACGUUCAAGGAGGAAACUGAGGAAGGAAGCUGGAAUCAUUGAUCCUGAAGGGUUUCAUCGAUCUGCCGACCCGAAUCCUGAACAGACGGAGGUGACAAAAUAUGAAGUUGGUCCACCAACACCUGCUCCAACAGCUGAGAGGGUAAAAUCCCGUCAUUCAUCAGUGCCUGAACCGCACGUCACACUCUGAUCUCUUUACACGCCUGGUCCUCAUGGACAUUGAAGAUGAUGAUGAGGUGCAUAUCAUCUCUCCAUUUGUUAUGAAUGACACCAGACAGAGAAGACCUAAGCCCAAGAGGGAAAAACAACCGACGUUUUGUUGGGUGGAGGAGAACCAAGAGUUGCUGGAGAGUAAAAGAUCAGCGAAGAAACUGAACAAUGCCAAAGAAACGGACCA